AUGACCAAGAUAUAUGCAAAAAACCUGGUGAAUGCAGAUAGAUGUGCACUCUUCCAGGUUGACCACAAAAAUAAGGAGCUGUAUUCAGACCUUUUUGAUAUUGGAGAAGAAAAUGAUGGGAAACCUGUCUUCAAGAAGACCAAAGAAAUAAGAUUUUCUAUAGAAAAAGGAAUAGCUGGUCAAGUGGCAAGAACAGGAGAAGUCCUUAACAUCCCUGAUGCCUAUGCAGAUCCACGCUUUAACAGAGAAGUAGACCUCUACACAGGCUACACAACGAGAAAUAUCCUGUGCAUGCCUAUUGUGAGCCGAGGAAGUGUAAUAGGUGUUGUGCAGAUGGUGAACAAAAUAAGUGGAAGUGCCUUCUCUAAAACUGAUGAGAACAACUUUAAAAUGUUUGCAGUCUUUUGUGCUUUAGCCUUACACUGUGCUAAUAUGUACCACAGAAUUCGCCAUUCAGAGUGUAUUUACCGUGUAACGAUGGAGAAGCUAUCCUACCAUAGUGUUUGUACAGCAGAAGAGUGGCAAAACCUCAUGCACUGUACACUGCCUCCACAUAUUUAUAAAGAAAUUGAACUAUACCACUUUGAUAUCAGUCCAUAUGAGGAUGUCUGGCCUGCCAUUUUUGUCUACAUGGUUCACCAGUCCUGUGGGACAGCCUGCUUUGAACUUGAAAAGCUAUGCCGAUUUACUAUGUCUGUAAAGAAGAAUUAUCGCCGUGUACCCUACCACAACUGGAAGCAUGCAGUUACCGUUGCGCAUUGCAUGUAUGCCAUACUUCAGAACAACCAGGGGCUUUUCACUGAUCUAGAGCGAAAAGGUCUUUUAGUUGCAUGCCUGUGUCAUGACCUGGAUCACAGAGGUUACAGCAACAGCUAUCUUCAGAAAUUUGAUCACCCUUUAGCUGCUCUCUAUUCCACAUCAACAAUGGAACAGCACCACUUUUCACAGACUGUGUCCAUCCUGCAGCUGGAAGGGCACAAUGUCUUCUCCAAUCUGAGCUCCAGCGAAUAUGAGCAAGUACUUGAGAUCAUCCGGAAAGCCAUCAUCGCCACAGACCUUGCCCUGUAUUUUGGAAAUAGAAAACAACUUGAAGAGCUGCAUCAGACGGGAGCAUUAAACCUUAAGAACCAAGCACACAGAGAUAGAGUGAUUGGUCUGAUGAUGACAGCUUGUGACUUGUGUUCUGUAACAAAGUUGUGGUCAGUUACCAGACUGACGGCCAAUGAUAUAUAUGCGGAGUUCUGGGCUGAGGGUGAUGAAAUGAAGAAAACAGGUAUUCAGCCUAUUCCUAUGAUGGACAGAGACAAGAAAGAUGAAGUCCCUCAGGGUCAGAUUGGGUUCUACAAUGCUGUAGCCAUCCCAUGUUACACCACACUUGCACAGAUCUUUCCUCCAACUGGGCCACUACUCCGAGCAUGCAGGGACAAUCUCAACCAAUGGGAGAAAGUAACAAGAGGUGAGGAAGCCUCUAUAUGGAUUUCUUCCCAGUCCUUUACUCCUGGGACCUCAGAUUCACUACCUGUGAAGAUUGAUGACUGAACAGCAGCGAUUGCUUUAACCCGAAAAGCAUCCCUUAUUGUUUUGGGGAUUUUUUUGUUUGUUUCAUUUUUAUUUGGGGGAAAAAAAAAGAAAAUGAAAAGCUACAAAAUGCUAACUAAGAAGCAGAUCUGCCUACGAAGGUAACACCUAUGGAGUUACCUCAGCUAAAUGACGCUGGCAGCCAAUCUCCUGACCUACACCAGUGACACAACGUGAACAGAGAGAAAAUGACAACCCAGAUGUUUUGGAAUCAGCUAUCAAAAGAGAACUUACAACUUCUGAAUAUAAAAGACUGGCCUUAUCUCAUGGGCUACAUUGCUGAGGCCUUAAUUUAAAACUGAUUGGGGGGGGGAAGACUCUUAGGGGGUACUUCUAAAUUGUAUCUUUCUAGUGAGGGUUUCAAUGGUACUUUUAUUAUACUGUACUGUGGCUGGCUUUGACACCAGUGUCACUUGGGAGUUCUUGGCUAUAAAUAGAACAAUAUACCUAUUGCUAUUGUGAAUGUUUAUGUGUGAUCUACUUGUAAUCAGUUUGAACUCCAGCAGAAUCCUUGGAGACUAUAAUUCAUGCUUAGGUUACAGGAAAUUCUCUUGCUGCAAACUAAAGGAAAACCAACAUUCUGGUUAAAGGUUUAAAGUACUUCAUUAAGUAAGCAUCAUGAUGCAAAUUGUCUGUCACUCACAAGGCAAAUGUUGAAAGAACUAAUGACAGUGGUUUGUUCUUCAGAAUGAUUUAUAAAGCUAGACAACUCCUCGCUCAAAACCCUGGAAGUACUGGAUAUUUAUCUCUGAUAUAUGAGAGAGUUUCAGGUUUGAGUUUUUGUAUCCAUAGUGACAGAAGUAUCAGAUUAAAAUUUAAAUGUGACAGCAAAGAUUUCCUUGCCAAGCUCACGAUUAAGUAAAGUCAUCAUUUUUAUUUCUACCUGCUGAGUUGUAUUUUAAAAGGUAUUAGAGACAUACCUGAAGUAUGCUAUCUGCUGGGAACAAAAGCCUUGUCAGAAAAGUCAGAUCCGAUAGGAGGCAUUGUGGUACCAUCACAAUAAAUCAAAAAUGUUUUUGUAUUGACUAGCUUUUGUGUUGCACAGUAACACUGCAUGUCUUCUACUGCUUUUUCCCCCCAUCUGAAGAUGAGUGAAGUUAGGAAACUUAUCCAUUUGUCUGUUUGUUUUUUUCCCCCCUAGUUCAGCAAAAUUUCCAGGCUUAGAACUGCUUUUCUCAAUGAAAAAGUAGCAGAAUGAAAAAAAGUACUCUAAAAUACUGUGUUUACAGUUCUGUGCUGACAUAGGCUUCAGCCUUACAAACUUAUGCACAGACUUUAAGACCUUACAUUUAAUGCCACUCUUUUAAAAUUAGUGCAAUUGUACAGAGUGUUUCAACAAUGUUUAAUUUGCCUUCAUCUUUCUCUUAAAAAUAAUUAGAAAAAUAUCUUAAUGUUGAUC